AUGAGCACACCACGCCAACAGGUUGCCGUAAUUGGCACUGGGAUGGCUGGACUGGUCACUGCAUACAUUCUCAGGAACGAUCCUCAAGGGAGGUUUGAGGUGGAAGUGUUUGAAAAGCAAGACAAACUUUCACUCGACUCGGCAUCGCACACCCUCACAGACCCGAAUAAUGGCGAAAAGUCAGAACGUCUGGAUCUUCCUAUGCGAGCAUUCGCCGAUGGAUACUAUGAGAGUUUACGGCGUAUGUAUGAUUAUUUCGGAAUCACAUACGGCUCUCCGCGAUUCAUUUACGCCCUAUCGAGAUUAUCGAAUACCGUCCAACCCUCACCGCAUUACAUCCACUCUUCGAAUAAUCAUCAAAUACCCCCGCUCCGUCCAAAUGGCCUCACAUGGGCCAACUGGUUGAUCGAAGUAUGCUACCUGGCAGUAUGCUAUUACUGGUUCACAGCCUGUUGUUUCUUCGUGACGCCUAAAACCGCAGAGUUGUUUGGUGAAGAGGAAACCCUUCACCAAUACGUCGACAGGAUCAGAUUGCCCCAGUAUUAUGUAAAGUACUACUUGCUACCACUCAUGUCUAGUGUCACGACCUGUUCACAUGAAGCGCUGAUGGACUUCCCUGCCAUCGAUCUGGUGGACUACGAAAGGAGGACAUUCCGCCAGAAGCACUACACAGUCCUCGGAGGUGUCCAGCGCGUCCAGACUAGGCUAUCCAAGGGUCUCAAUUACACACUCGGCGCGAAGGUUACAGCUGUUGAAAAUGUCGGAGCGAAAGUCCAAGUCAGCUGGACAAAUACCCAAGAUGGAAAAAGCAACUCCCGUAUUUUCGACCACGUUAUUCUGGGAGUUACGCCCGACGUUGUUGGCGCAAUCUUCCAACCCCUUCGAAGUGCAAUGGCCGCGGUGCCUACGACGACUGUUCAAUCAAUUGUCCACCGUGACUUUUCCAAGAUCUCAGAUGCUAGUAGAUCCAUUUGGGCGCAAGUUUCGUUGAACUCUGGCGAAUCAGCACCUCAGCCAAUCCACAUGCGUUCCAAUGAUGAAGCCACCGAGUCGAUUCAUGAACACCCAUCUUCUGCUCUUAUCACCACUUACCCCAUUGCUCCCAUUGAUCCCGAGAAGGUUGUCUAUACUGCCACGUUCACGCGUGUCCUCCGAUCAGCCUCUAGCAGACAGGUCGUGAACCGCAUUUUUGGCGAAUCGAGAUCUACAGACGAGAAGAGCCAGCUUUGGCGCAACGGCAACGGCAAUGUAUGGCUGGUUGGCGGCUGGUGUUGGGAUGGAAUGGUCAUGCUAGAGGGAUGCCUUGCCUCCGCAACAAGAGUGGCAAAAGCACUGGAUGUCGAGGUGCCGUGGAUGAAAGCAUCUUCAUGA